AUGCAGCUCACCCAACCCACGGCAGCCAAGCUGCUGCUCCUCUGGGCGUCCGUCGCGACGGCGAUGCCGCACUUUGACAGCCCGCGCGAGCGUCUGCUCCGGGGCAUGGAGAUCCCCGCGAGCUACCGUAAGAAGAGCGCCUUCGCCGACGAGUCGAACGCGAAGAACCCGUACACCCCGGGCUUCCGGGACCCCAACGACGGCGCCGUCGACUCGGUCGGCGACGGACUCGACCCGCUGCCCUACCGCAACGGGCUGGGCUCGUCGGUCCUGGGCCCGUGGAACAAGGAGCGCUCGCGCCAGAACCCGGACCUCGUGCGCCCGCCGUCGACGGACCACGGGAACAUGCCCAACAUGCGCUGGAGCUUUGCGGAUUCGCAUAUUAGAAUCGAGGAGGGCGGCUGGACACGCCAGACAACCGUCCGCGAGCUGUCAACCAGCGUCGAGCUCGCCGGCGUGAACAUGCGCCUCGGCGAGGGCGUCAUCCGCGAAUUGCACUGGCACAAGGAGGCCGAGUGGGCGUACGUCCUGGACGGCGAGGUCCGCGUGACGGCGCUCGACUACGAGGGUGGCAACUUCAUCGCAGACGUCGGCAAAGGCGAUCUGUGGUAUUUCCCGAGUGGUGUUCCUCACUCGCUGCAGGGAUUGAGCCCCAACGGCACCGAAUUCCUUCUCAUCUUUGACGACGGCAGGUUCUCGGAGGAGUCUACCUUUAUUCUCUCUGACUGGCUUGCCCACACCCCCAAAUCCGUCAUCGCCGAAAACUUCCACCUCGACCCCGAGAUCUUCAAGCACAUCCCCGAGGGCGAGAAGUACAUCUUCCAAGGCACCCUGCCCGGGUCCAUCGAAGACGAGCGGCCGACCGGCAAGCACGCCAAAAAGUCAAAGUACAACUUCGUGCACUCGAUGCUCGCGCAGGAGCCCGAAAUCACCUCGGGCGGCGAGGUGCGCAUCACCGAUUCCAAGAACUUCCCCAUCUCCAAGACGGUCGCCGCCGCGCACCUCACGAUCCAGCCGGGCGCGUUGCGCGAGAUGCACUGGCACCCCAACGCCGACGAGUGGUCCUUCUUCAUCAAGGGCCGCGCGCGCGUCACCAUCUUCGCGGCCGAGGGCACCGCGCGCACGUUCAACUACGUCCCCGGCGACGUGGGCAUCGUGCCGAAGAACAUGGGGCAUUUUGUCGAGAAUAUCGGCGACGAGCCGAUUGAGAUGCUCGAGAUCUUUAGGGCGGAUGAGUUCCGUGAUUUCUCCCUCUUCCAGUGGAUGGGAGAGACGCCUAAGAAGCUUGUGAUUGACCACCUGUUCAAGGGUGAUAAGGAGAAUGGCGAGAAGUUCUGGAAUGAGGUGAAGGAGGCGCAGAAGGAUCCCGUGACCAAGUACCAGAAGACGGAUGUCAAGGCUGGUGGUUCGGUUCUCGACGGAGCUUCUGAUGAGUUGUAG